CUGUUCAGAUUUACAAAAAUUACUUUAAAAAAGAAUAGCUCCAUUACAUGCCAAUAGCACAGUUUUGGUCCCAUUUUAACAGGAUUCCGUAUUUAGUAGUAGUGCACUGUCAACAAAAUAUGAAUUGUUAAUGGAUCACAGUGAAAUUUGUUUUAAAGUAUAUUUUAAAUUAUAAAACAAUUAUUUUGACUCUAUACAAAAAUAAUUUUUAGAAAAGAUUUUCUAAUUUUCUAGAAAUCUUCUCAGGGGAACUUAAAAUCACAGCAAUUUUUUUGUUUGUUUGUUUGUUUUGAUUUUUUGGAGACAAGGUUUCUCUGUGUAGCCCUGGCUGUCCUGGAACUCACUUUGUUCACCAGGCUGGCCUCGAACUCAGAAAUCCUCCUGCCUCAGCCUCCCAAGUGCUGGGAUUAAAGGCGUGCGCCACCACCGGCUAGCAAUUUUUAUAUAGACUUGUAGUUUUAGAAUGGAAUCUCACACCUUUAUAUUACUACUAACUCUAGAAAUAAUGACAUUUAAGAAUGACGUAGGGGCUGGAAUGAUGGUUCAGUAAGUAGUUAAAAGCUCUCGCUCAUCUGGCAGAAGACAUGGGUUUAAUUCCCAAGGUCCUACCUACAUGGUAGCUCACAGCUCUCUAACUGUAAUCCCAGGGAAUCAGACACCUUCUUUUGGCCUCUAAAAGUACCAGGCAUACACAUAAUACACAGACAUAAAACAACCAGACACAUAAAAUAAAAAAUUAAAGUUUGAAAAAUAGAAUGACAUAAAUCCACCUCUGCCAUUUCCUCAUUUAUUAACUUCUUGGCUAACUGCUUGUUUUAGACUCUUCAGGAAGGAGUCUUGUACUCAAUUAGCGGGUUCCUUUUGUGCCCAGGAGCAUAGAUGACAUUAUAUAAAGUUUUAUUUGUAACAAAAGUAAAAAUAGAGCCCCAAGAGGUAAGUGAAACUCAUUUCUGUAACUGAGUAGUGAUUGUACACCAAAUCAAAUCUCACCAUGUACUAGGAAUCUUUGAUGGUAUAAGUAGGAUUUGCUAGGGCUAGCUGAAGGCAACUUAAACCAUUUUGUUGCUCUUAUACUAAUAAAUGUAACUUGCUAAUUGUAGGGUUCAUACUCAGUCAUGAUACUUUCAGCAAUCUUAACUUUUUUAGCAGUGAUUCAUUUCAGACACAACUAUGGAUACAUCCCCACUCCCACCCCCACUUGUACAGAGCACCAGAAAGUUUUUCUCUAUAGGAAAUAGGGAUAUUUAGAAAGAAUUAAAGUUAACCUGACAGUAGUGCUUAAAUUGAUUGAAAUGGAAUAACCAAAAAAAAUGGCAGGCUGGUGGAAGACAGUGCCUCUGUUACUAGUUACCAAGAGCAGAGGGAGAUGAGCUUGCUCUGGGAAGGCCUAACAGACCUAACCUUAUACCUUCCUUGAUAGAAGUAGAGCGCGGGCACAGCUGGGUGUGUAGCACUUGCGUUUAAUCCCAGUACUCAGGACUCAGGCAGGUGGCCCUCUGUGAGUUUGAGGCCAGCCAUAAAUGACACUAUACUUAGAAGGAAUUUACUAAGCCAGGCUUAGCUCUCAACAUGUAUAGUCAAUAUGUAGCCUGAGUCACAGAAAAUAGUUUGCCCAAAGUCACAUAGUAUACUACCCUGUGGUUUGCAGAAAAGUCAGAAUAGCAAAGAAACUAAGUUUAAAAAUGAGAAGAAACACAGAACUUGUCUAAAAAUAAAGAUAUUGAGAUGAUGACAAACAUUUAGCAUUCAAGUGUGAAUAUAGAGUGAGAAGCUAGAAAUUUUCUUUCAGCCUUAACAUGAAUUUAUGUGUACUCUUGCCACAAAUAAACAGAGGAGAACAAGCCAUGCACCCCCACACCCAACUCCCAUUUAUUUUCUUAUUUAAUUGUAAGAAUUCUUUAUAUACUCAAGAUGCAAGUCAUUUGCCAGACAGAUAUGACUGGCAGAGGCUUCUUCAAAACUGUGGCGUGUCUUUCUGUUUCCAGUGUAUGUCAAGAAGAAAGUUUUACCUUUGAUGUUCACUGGAUUUUUUUAAAAAAUUCUACACUUAUUGUGAACUGUAUAAAAAACUAGACAACUGGGGUUAUGACAUUUUUUUCCUCCUGAAAUUUCUAAGUUUAUGAAUACAUUUAUUAUAUAAUUGAAGUUAAACUUUUGUGUGUAGUGUGAGAAUAGUAUAAAACUAAUACUUUUCUUACUGGUAAUCAGCUUUACCAAUAUCAACAAAACCAACCUAUUAUUUUUCCACUGAAUUCUUUGUGCAUCUUUAUUGAAAUUAAUAGAAUAAGUAUUUGUGUGUCAUUCUGAAUUCACUUAUCUAUAAAUACAUUUACGCUAUUUCUGCUUAAUUUGAUGACUAUUUGAUUCUGUUACUGAGUACUAUUUGAACUCAAAUUUAUAGUGUAAGCUUUAAAAUUAGAUAACGAGAGUCUUCCAACUGUAGUUUUUAUGAUUUUCACAUUUGUCUGUAUCAUGAUCUUUACUUUUCCAUGUAGUUUUAGAAUAAUUAUAAGUUCCUAUACAAAAAAAACAUCUGAGGGGAUCUUGAUUAAUACUACACAGGAAUUACUGAUUAGUUUUUGGUAAUUGUUUUCUCUAAUUUCUCUCCAUAGUAUUUUGUAUUAUAAGUCAUUUUAACUUGUAAUUAUGUAGAAAUUUAUAGUGAUGUAGUGUAGUGACCUUUAUUUCUUAAUUCUGUCAGAUUACACUUCAUCUAGUGUAAAAUGUUGCUACAUACAUGUAAUUUUUAAUUAGGAAAAUUAACUUUUAUUGUACCAAUUAGCUGGGCAUGGUGGUGUACAUGUGUAGCCUCAGCACGUGGAAGAAAAUGGUAGGAAGAUUAGGAAUUCAAGUCAUCCUUGGCUGUACUGGGAGUUUAAGGGUCAACAUGGUAUGUGUUGGUCUGUGUAUGAUCCUGUCUCAUAAAACCAAAUUUGGGCUAGGGAGAAGGCUUAGUGGGUAAAGUGCUUGCUGGUGAAGCAUUAGACCUGAGUUUGAUCCCUAUUACCUCUAUAAAAAGCUGGGUGUGGCAGCACACAUCCAGUACUAGGAGGCAGAAACGGGAGGACACCCUGGCUGUGCUACCCAGUCAGUCUAAGCAGUUGGUGAGCUCCAAGCUCAGUGGGAGACACUGUUUCAGAAAGAUAAGUUGGAAAGUGAUAGAGGAAGUCACAUGAUAUCAAUCUCUAAUUACACUAAGCACAUACUCCCCUGCACACAUCUGCACAUACGCAUGCAUGCACACAUUCAGGUACAAACACACACAUGCACACAAGCUUUUAAUUUUUAAAAAGGAAAACAAGAAAGGAAAAUUGUAGUAUACUAACAACUAUAGUGACUUUAGUGAUAGUGUUUGUUGUCAGCUGUUUGGGUUGAUAUAAGCAAAAAAGCUCUUUCAUUAAAUGUGUACUUAGGUAGAAUAUUUUCCCACUAGCAUUUCAUGUUUUUAUUCAAUAAGAGACCCUUUCUUCAUAAAAUGAGGUGAGGUACCUGGUUCAAUGGCAUAUGCCUUUAGUUCCAACACUUGAAAAGCAGAGACAGGUGGAUCUCUAUGAGUUACAGCCCACCCUAUUCUACAUAGAGAGUUCACAGACAGAAGGACUGCAUAGUGAGACCCUGUAUCAGACAUAUCAAACAAACAAACAAAACCAAAACAACAAAUAGGAUGGAGCACAGUAAGAGAAAGCAGUCAACAUUAACUUUGCUUUCACAGUUAUACAGGCAUAUCACACACACACACAAUAUGUUGUACAUAUUAAAUGAUCAGUUUGGUGUUUGAGUAUUUUAUUAAAUACUAUAGUAUAUAUGUCCAUUGAGAAUGUUGCCCUGUAGUUUUCUUUUUUGUUGUUGUCCUUUUAUUAGUUUUGAUAUCAGAGUAAACUGGCUUUGUAAAAAUGAAUUUGGAAGCAUUCUUCCCUGCUGCUUUAUGGAAUUGUUUGAGGGAGUAGUUUUUGGUACUCAGGAAGGAGUUAUGAAAAAUUCUUUUGAAAGUAUGACAUCGCCCAUUGAAGGGUUCAACUCAAGCCAAGGAAGGAGCCAAAAGAGUAAAAUAUAUACUUUCUGAUCAGUUCUCAGAGGUCUCCAUUGACUGAACUGAAGGGCACCAAGAAGAUGAGGUUGUCUGUCGAUAAUCUAUACAAGAAAGAGUGGGGUAAAUAUAGAGGCAAACAAAAGAUACUUGGUACAGUAUCUUUAAAUUGUUCCUAUCUAAAACUAAUUACAAAUGUACAGGCUUACUUCUUACGACUCAGCAUUACUGCAGGGCCUUUUUUGAUGAAUGAUAUUACCAUAUAUUGAAUUGUACAGGUUAGAAAUCUGGAAUUCAUUCUAGAAAUGUUCAUAUUUCUUACAUUCAUUUUGAAUACACCCCAAGAUUAUGCCAGUUUAUUUCCCAAGUAUCUUUUGUGUCUAUAUUUGUCUUUUGUUUUUUACUUCAUCUAGCUCAUUUAUCUUACUUAACAAAGGAGAUUGUUUCUUCAUUGGUUUAACAGUAUCUGUGCUCUACUCAUUCUAGUGUGAUUUACACAUUAAACUGUAUUGAGGGCUGGGGUAUAACUGAGCUGGUAAAUUUAUACUUAGCUAUCUUUAGGAAAAUACCGACAGGACAGCUAGCAGUUUAUGCUCAUUGUUACAGAGAGGGCCUUAUCAAUAUAAUAAGUCAAGGACUUAGAAAAUUGAGUUAGAUUUAGUUAAUUUAUGGUUGCUAAAAUAAUCAUAGCACUAUACUAACCACUUCAUUUUAUUUCUCAUGGUGACCUUGAACCAUUAAAGGAAGAAUGUAUUUUGUAGACCUUAUUUAUUGAACAAAAAGCUAUAUGAUUUUUUUUAAUUUGUUACAAGGACAUAUUGGCUUUCCUUACAUAAAAUCUGUGAAUCUAGAAUCUAGGGGUGUGUGUGUGUGUGUGUGUGUGUGUGUGUGUGUAUUUUGUUUUAGUUUCUUUAUCUUAUGGGACAAGUGCUGAGAUCUUAGGCAUGCACCAUCUUACUCAGCCUAGAAUAUGUUAUCAUAUAGUAGUUUUGAUAUCUUAUUAUAUUAAAAAUCCUCUCAUGUUUACUUUUUAUAAAACUUAAUGUUUAGAUUGCCAGAAAUUGUAUCCUUGAAUAUUCAUUGUUUCACAUACCUGUAUGAACUAAAUCAUCUUUUGAGAUUUGGAAAUCACCAUAAUUAAAGCAGUAAGUAGUUUCUACAUGUAUGUAAAAUAAAAAUUCUGACUUUCUAAUUUAUGUUCAAAUUCUCUAACAAAAAUAGCAGUGAUGUUUGACAGUUAUCACCUUGAAUCUUUAUACCUUUCUACUCUUUUGCUAAUUUUUUUUAAGAUUUAUGUAUUUAUUUUAGGUAUGUAAGUAUUCUAUCUGCAUGUACACCUGCAUGCUAGAAGAGGGCAUGGGAUCACAUUAUAGAGGGUUGUGAGCCACCAUGUUUUUGCUGUGAAUUGAACUCAGGACCUCUGGUAGACCAGCCAGUGAGCUGAGCCAUCUGAACCACUGAGCCAUCUCUCUAGCCUGCCUUUUGCUAAUUUCCCAGACAAAUCCUGACGUUCCAGGUCAAAUGCCAACAGCUUUAUCUGCUCCUAACUAUUCACAUCUAAGGUGAGGGCAUGCGACCAGGUAUAGAUUUCUUCAGUGGAACUGCUAAGACAAGAGACUAUGUAUCUUGGCAGAAGUGAUAAUAGGAGUUUCUGAUUAUUCUAGGUUCUUAUUUUCAGAGGUGUGAAAUACUACUAUAAGUCUUAGUUUCCUAGAGAAGUACAUAAAUGUAAUUUAGAUUACUUUGUGCUUCUUUAGGGCUUCGGUAAUUUUCCUACUAAACUUUAAAUUCCUUUUUGGUUUUAACGUUGAGAUUCUGUUGUUACCAGAGAAGUUAAAAACCUGGCUGAUAAAUUUGAUAAGAGUAGUUAAUAUUCCUAAAAUGUAAUAUAUAUUACUUAUUUUAAAAUGCAAAUGCCUUAGCUCCCCUUUGUCAUGCCUUCAGUUUGCUUCCAUUGUAGUGUUUCCUUAAUGUAUAAUUUUUAAUGGAAGCUUCUGUGUUUUUACUGGAUUAAAAACUCUUGAAAAGAGAGGUCUCUGUUUUUUCCUCCUUUAUAAUAAGCAUUCACUAAAAGUUUGUAAAACUAGUGAUACUUUCAAAUGUGAUCUUUUUUUUUUUAGUAAAGCCACUUACCAUUAGCAAUGUUCUUUCUAAAUUAUACAUAGCUAAAAUAACUAGAAUUUCUGUUACUAUUUCAUACAGUAGCAGGUAAAUGUAAGAAACAGGCCUCUAAGAAAAUGAGAGCUUAUCUGGAAAAAAGGCCAGUUGUUUUGUCUAUUUGAUUGUUUUUAAAAUGAGCAAUUGUGAACUUUAUGAUUCUUAGUCUUUUAAUAUUUCCCCAAACAGAAGGCUAAGAAUCAUGAGCUAACAUUCUAAACCAUGUACUGCUUUCUUUUAUUUACUUAUAGCAAACCAGUAGCCAACAUCAAACUAAACGGAGAGAAACUUAAAGCAAUCCCACUAAAAUCAGGGACUAGACAAGGCUGCCCGCUCUCUCCCUACCUAUUCAAUAUAGUGCUUGAAGUCCUAGCCAGAGCAAUUAGAAAACAAAAGGAGAUCAAAGGAAUACAAAUUGGAAAGGAAGAAGUCAAAAUAUCACUGUUUGCAGAUGAUAUGAUAGUAUAUAUAAGUGACCCCAAAAACUCCACCAGAGAACUCCUAAACCUGAUAAACAGCUUCAGUGAAGUAGCUGGAUAUAAAAUUAACUCAAACAAAUCAGUGGCCUUUCUCUAUACAAAGGAUAAACAGGCCGAGGGAAAAAAAAAUUAGGGAAAAAACACCCUUCAAAAUAGUCACAAAUAACAUAAAAUACCUUGGUGUGACUCUAACUAAGGAAGUGAAAGAUCUGUAUGAUAAGAACUUCAAGUCUCUGAAGAAAGAAAUCAAAGAAGAUCUCAGAAGAUGGAAAGAUCUCCCAUGCUCAUGGAUUGGCAGGAUUAAUAAAAUAAAACUGACUGUCUUGCCGAAAGCAAUCUACAGAUUCAAUGCAAUCCUCAUCAAAAUUCUAGCUCAAUUCUUCACAGAGUUAAAAAGGGCAAUUUGCAAAUUCAUCUGGAAUAACAAAUAUCCUAGGACAGCAAAACUAUUCUCAGCAAUAAAAGAACCUCUGGUGGAAUCACCAUGCCUGACCUCAAGCUGUACUACAGAGCAAUUGUGAUUAAAAACUGCAUGGUACUGGUACAGCGACAGACAGGUAGAUCAAUAGAAUAGAAUUGAAGACCCAGAAAUGAACCCACACACACUAUGGUCACUUGAUCUUUGACAAAGGAGCUAAAACCAUCCAGUGGAAAGAAGACAACAUUUUCAACAAAUGGUGCUGGUUCAACUAUCAGUCAGCAUGUUAGAAUAAUUCGAAUUGAUCCAUUUUUAUCUCCUUGUACAAAGCUCAAAUCUAAGUGGAUCAAGGAACUCCACAUAAAAGGGACACUGAAAUUUAUAAAGGAAAACGUGGAGAAAAGCCUCGUAGAUAUGGGCACAGGGGGAAAAUUCCUGAACAGAACAGCAGUGGCUUGUGCUGCAAGAUCAAGAAUUGACAAAUGGGACCUCAUAAAAUUGUAAAGCUUCUGUAAGGCAAAGGACACUGUCAAUAAGACAAAACAGCAACCAACAGAUUGGGAAAAGAUCUUUACCAAUCCUAAAUCAGAUAGGGGGCUAAUAUCCAAUAUAUAUAAAGAACUCAAGAAGUUGGACUCCUUCCCAGCACUUGGGAGGCAGAGACAGGUGGAUUUCUGAGUUCAAGGCCAGCCUGGUCUACAGAGUGAGUUCUAGGACAGCCAAGACUACAGAGAAACCCUGUCUCAAAAAAAAAAAAAAAAAAAAAAAAGGUUGGACUCCAGAAAACCAAAUAAUCCUAUUAAAAAAUGGGGUGCAGAGCUAAACAAAGAAUUCUCAACUGAGGAAUACUGAAUGACUGAGAAGCACCUAAAAAUAAUUUCAACAUCCUUAAUCAUCAGGGAAAUGCAAAUCAAAACAACCUUGAGAUUCCACCUCACACCAGUCAGAGAGGCUAAGAUAAAAAAUUCAUGUGACAGCAGAUGCUGGCGAGAAUGUGGAGAAAGAGGAACAUUCCUCCAUUGUUGAUGGGAUUGCAGGCUUGUACAACCACUCUGGAAAUCAGUCUAGAGGUUCCUCAGAAAAUUGGACAUAAUACUACCACAAGAUCCAGAAAUACCUCUCCUGGGCAUAUACUCAGAAGAAGUUCCAACUGGUAAUAAGAACACAUGCUCCACUAUGUUCAUAGCAGCCUUAUUUAUUAUAGCCAGAAGCUGGAAAGAACCCAGAUGUCCCUCAACAGAGGAAUGGAUACAGAAAAUGUGGUACAUUUACACAGUGGAGUACUACUCAGCUAUUAAAAACAAUGAAUUCAUGAAAUUCUUAAAAUGGAUGGAUCUGGAGGAUAACAUCUUAAGUGAGAUAACCCAAUCACAAAAGAACACACAUGAUGUACACUCAGUGAUACGUGGAUAUUAGCCCAGAAGCUCAGAAUACCCAAGAUACAGUUUGCAAAACACAUGAAACUCAAGAAGAAGGAAGAUCAAAGUGUAGAUACUUCUAUCCUUAGAAGGGGGAACAAAAUGCCCAUGGAAGAAGUUACAGAGACAAAGUUUGGAGCAGAGACUGAAGGAAUGACCAUUCAGGACUUUAAGAACAGUCAGUAUUUCUCAACUGUUUGAGCCCAGCUUCUUAUUUUACUACUGUGUGUUUCAACUAACUUUUGAUGACCUGGUUUUAAAAGUCUGUAUCAGGAAAAUAUGGAAAGCUUCAGCCUGCCUGCCUGUCUUCUCCCCCCUUUGAGACUGUCUCAGUAUGUACCUUUGACCGGCUUCGGGAGCAAGAAAGAAAAGAAGCAGAAGAAGCUUGUCAAAAGGAAGUAGAAGAGUGGGAAAGAAAGCUCCUUGCUCAGGCAGCUCCAGCCUGCAUGGAGAACAUGUGGGAAAUUCCAGCCAUUGGCCAUUUCCUUUGUUUAGCCCAACAGAUUCUAAACUUGCCAGAAAUUGUCUUUUAUGAACUGGAGCGCUGUCUUCUGAUGCCUCAGUGUAAUGCCUUUCUCUCUAAAAUAAUGACUUCUCUACUAAGCCCUCCCCAUCGCAGACCUACCUUACAUCGAAGACCUACUUUGCCUUACAGGACUUGGGAAGCAGUGCUGAGACAGAAAGUGCAGCAGUGGUACACUGCUGUGGGACAGACUGAGAAUCCUGAUAACUGUGCUGAAAAGCUUGGCUUGUGUCCUCAGUUCUUUAAGGUUCUUGGAGAAGUUAAUCCAUUGGAAGAAAGACCUUUUCACGAGCUACCUUUCUACCAGAAAGUAUGGCUGCUUAAAGGACUUUGUGACUUUGUGUAUGAAACACAGAAAGAAGUUCAAGAUGCUGUGCUUGGGCAGCCUAUUCAUGAGUGCAGGGAAGUUAUCCUUGGUUAUGAUUAUCUGGAGAAUGCUUAUGUACAUUUUCCACAGUUCUGUGGUGCAGAUGUGCGGAUUUAUAAACAAAGACCCUUUCAGGCCCCAGAAUUUCCAGUUCCACCCAUUAAAGUAAAAAGAGUACCUCGGAUUAAACUGGAGAAAUUCAAGUGUGACUAUGCUAAUACAAGUAACGGAGAACACAGAUGUACUAAAGAAGGCCUGCCCUUGGCUUUCAAGAAAGAGCAAGAAAUUGAUUUUGAUCCAGCCUGUUGUCCUACUAAAAUGAACUUUGAUAAUCAUGACAUCACUCUUGAAAUGGAAGUAAAAUCCAACUGUGAUAUUAAAGUUCACAGGCCUUGUGAAAUUGAAAAAACUGAUUGUUGUAAAGAAAAUUUGCAGAAACCCAGAAGUCCUGGAGAAGUUACUGGCUUUGGAGAGCCACUCAGUCCAGGUGAAAUAAGAUUUAUAGAAAAUCAGGAAAAAUAUGGUGAAGCUUCCAAAAUAAAGACAGAAUCCAAUCCAUUGAAAGAAAAUGCUCUGAAAUCUUGCCAAAUUCAUAUAAAUGGAAGUCACAUUGAUCAUCCAGACAUUAACUGCCACAAAGUUGUAAGGGAUAUAUUGUUAGAGCACUCACUGCAAAGCCACAAGAAACUCAAGCUAACUAAAAUGAGGGCAAAAAAGAAGAAAAAGAAAAAAAAGAAAUUGAAAGAUGUUUUGAAUGAAAAUUUACAAAGAAAGCGUGAAGGUCUUCAUUCUCUUCCCUUCAAGUCUUACAAACCUGAGAUCCAGAAUAAAUUAUUGAUCAUCAAAAAGAAAGGAAAACACAAGAAGCACAAAUCUGGAAAAAAAUCCAUAUCUAAAAAAGCAAUCACAAAGAAGAGGAAAACUGUCACAAAGUCACCUGCUGUGCCGGAAUUUCAGCUUAUUUGCACUAAUCUUGAUGAACUCAGGGAAUUAAUCACAAAAAUCGAGAAUGAACUCAAAGAUCUGGAAAACAGUAGAAAAAAAUCGGGCAAAUGGUACCAUCGGAGGCAAGCUGUAAAAGAAUUACAUAGUACACUAAUACGCCUUUUAAAUGAAUUGCUACCAUGGGAACCAAAGUUAAUGAAGGCUUUUCAGAGAAACAGGAGCCGCCUGAAGAAAGACUAUGAUGAUUUCCGAAGACAGCCUGAUCAUGGUCAGUUCACUAGAGAGCUAUGGGCUACUGACGAGUGUGAAGGGAACCCUGAGAGAGAGGCUCCUAAAGCCGAGGUCAGUAAGUCUGUAGAUGCAGCAGAACCUCUGGACACCCUGGAGAAAGAACAGGAGGGCUCAGAUGAUAUGAAGUUAUCAGAAAUAGGCUUUCCUAUGGCCAGGAGCAAGUUGUUGAAAAAAGAAUUGCCUUCUAAAGAUAUAGUGAAGACACUGCCUAAAACACUUAAACGACAGUCCAAACAAAGUAGUUAUCUAGAUGAUAGCACAAAAGAGCUUUCCCCAAGGAAGAAAGCAAAGCUAAGCACAAAUGAGACAUCAGUUGAGAACUUAGAAGUCAACAUGCAGAUUGAAUGUUUGAAAGAAUCAAAGCCUCCAGAACUGCCAACUCCAGAGUCAUUUGCCUCAAAGGCUUCAGUACCAGUGUCUACUCUCCAGAAAGGGACCAAACCUAUUCAGGCUUUGCUUGCAAAGAAUAUUGGGAACAAAGUGACCUUAACAAAUCAACUGCCCCCUUCUACAGGUAGGAGUGUUCCUGCUGUGGAAAAGCCAGCUCUAUCUCCUGAAGAUACAAGCCCCCUAAAGCCAGCAUUGACCUGCCUCACCAGUACAAAAGGACCUUUACAGAUGGUAUACAAAAUGCCCUGUGGUCAGUGGUUGCCAGUAGACCUUCACAGUAGUUCUGUCAAGAUUCAGAUGCAGCCUAUGGUGGACUCUAAAACAGGAGAAAAGAUCAUGCAGCAAGUUCUUAUUCUGCCUAAGAAUUUUGUGAUUCAGCACAAAGAGGGGAAAGCAGUUGAAAAAGAGAUAGCAGCACCUCAGCAGAAAGGCCCAGAGCAUUGCUCACCUGGCCCACAGACAAGCGCUAGCUGUUCCUUAGUGUCUGUUCCUGUCACCUCUGUGUCUACCCAACUGCCUAAUACAGUUCUCAGUAAGACAAGUACACCUUCAUCAAAUGUGAGUGCUAGAUCACAGCCUUUGUCUCCUGUAGCCUCUGUAAGUAAUGCAUUAACAUCACCAGUUAAGACUAGCCAAAGUGAAGCAGGAAAAGUCAAGAGUACCGCUUCAUCCACCACACUCCCCCAGCCUCACACUUCACCUACCAUUUCAUCAACAGUUCAGCCUCUCUUGCCAGCAACAACACUAAAUGAAUCUACAGAUCCUGGCAGUUCCAUCCCCUGUUUUUCACAGCAAACUGUUGAUUCUUCUGAGGCAAAGCAAGAACUAAAAACUGUAUGUAUACGAGAUUCACAGUCAAUUCUUGUUAGGACUCGAGGUGGGAACACUGGAGUUGUAAAAGUACAAACUAAUCCGGAACAAAAUUCACCCAACAGUUUAUCUUCAAGUUCUGUUUUCACCUUUACACCUCAAUUUCAGGCAUUUCUUGUGCCAAAAUCAACAUCAUGCUCUGCUUCCUCACAAGUAGCCGGAGUGACUACUACAUCUAGUCUACCAUCUUUCAGCCAAGCAUCUACGUCUGUGUCUAUUUCGUGUGGCUUUCAUCCACCCAUGGGGAAAAAUCUCAAAUCUACACAAGGCCAAACCUUGAGCAGUGGUUAUGUAGGCCCCAUGAUAGAAAAAACGUCAUACAUGCCCUCUUCACCCUUGAAGCCUUCUGUUUCUUCCAGCUCACUGCUACCAUCAACAACAAAUAGUUCAGUGAGUGUAAUUAGCAUAUCAACAGGAAAUUUUGGGCAAACCAAUACAAAUGUUAUUCAUACAUCAACUAAACCACAACAAGUAGAUUGUAUCACAAAAAGUUACCCAGUUACAAGAUCAGAAGCAACAACAGCAGUAAAUGGUGAUGUGCUCGGUGAGACUCCAGGUCAGAAACUGAUGCUGGUGUCAGCUCCAUCUGGUCUCCCUUCUGGCAGUGUACCUUCAGUUAACACGGCACCAGAACCGACAUCUGCAGGUGUGUCUACCCAGAAGGUAGUUUUUAUUAAUGCUCCAGUUCCUGGUGGCGCUUCAUCCUCAGCUAUUGUUGCAGAAUCAUUAAGACAGUCACUUCCUUCUCCCUUGAAUAAAACAUACAUUAAGAAUCCAGAGCAACCCCAAAUAGUACUAAUUCCCUCUACAGUAGGAGCACCAAUAAAAAUAAAUUCUUCACCAACUGUGUCUCAGAUUAAAGAUGUGAAAAUUGGACUAAACAUAGGUCAAGCAAUUAUAAAUCCUCCAGGAAAUCUGCCAGCUAUGUCAUCAAUUAAUAUAUUGCAAAGUGUAAUGCCAAAGGGUGAAGACAAAAGUAGUAAGAGCUGCAUCUCCCCCAUCUCACCAAACAGUAACUCAGCUCCAGCAAGCUCAAAUAUUGUGAAUCACAGUCUUCCUGCUGCUAGUGAGUCAGCAAGAACUGCAAAUACGUUUUCAGGAAUAGGAGCAAGUGUACCUUUGAGUUCCCUUUCAGUGGCCUCCUCCCCUGCUUCAGCUGGGACACGACCUCCUGUUUUAGUCAGCGGAAAUGAUACCUCUUCCAGAAUUAUGCCUGUUUUGUCAAAUAGACUUUGUCCAUCAAAUCUCGGGAACACUGUGGCCAUAUCAACUGUAAAAACAGGACACCUCGCAUCAUCUGUUCUCAUUUCAACUACACAACCAACAGUGUCUCCCAAAUGCUUGACACCAGCUUUGCAGAUUCCUGUGACUGUUGCCUUGCCUACACCUGUAACUACAUCUCCAAAAAUUAUCAACACAGUUCCACAGUCAGCAACAAUACCAGGAGCCACGCGCCCUGUAUCUCUCUCUAAAAGACAGUCUCAAACUUCUCUCCAGUUUCAGUCACCAGGGACUACAACUAUAGUGCCAACAAAUGCAAACACAAAUAAGCCUCCAGCUGAAUUAUCCCCCUCAGCAAGUCCAGGGAAAAUAGUUAAUAUUUCCAAUGUUACUUCUAUGCCAAACCAGCAUAUGUCCCCUUCAUUAGUAAAAAGUACUCUCGGUAACAAUUCUAUUGCAGGUGGCUCUGCCAUUCACACUUGUUCACCACCAUCAAAUAUAACUAGUCUGGCAGGUGCUCCGUUCAGUGAACCUUGUAUUCAGCAAAAAAUAGUUAUCAACACAAGUACACCUUUGGCACCAGGAACUCAAAUCAUGAUGAAUGGAGCCCGGUUUAUUGUUCCGCCUCAAGGUCUUGGAGCUGGUAGCCACGUCCUCCUUAUCUCUACUAAUCCAAAAUAUGGACCUCCCUUAGUUCUUAACAGUGGCCAAAGCAUAUUGGCUACACCAGUAGAUAAUCCUGUCCAGAAGAUCAUACAGACAUCAAAUAGUUCUUUAAGUGGACAGCCUUUAAAGCCUUCUGUAAGAAACUCUCCAAAGACUGUAAACUCUCUCGGAAGUCCAAGUUCUCUCUCUGCAGUCCAUACACCACCACACAUCAUAAACACACCUGCUAAAGUCUGUGUUCCACCUGCACCACCGGCAGCGUUGACUUCAGUAAUUAAGUCCUCUCCAGCUACUCUCUUAGCUAAAACCUCUUUGGUUUCUGCCAUUUCCUCCAGUAACCCUCCACUGCCAAGUAGCACAUCGGUACUUCAUUUGGAUACCUCUGUCAAAAAGUUAUUGGUUAGCCCAGAAGGAGCCAUUUUAAAUACCAUAAAUACUGCAGCAGCUAAGGUAUCUUCAUUGCCUUCACCUCUUCCUCCAGUUGUAUCUGCCAGUCAGAAUCCUGCAUCUGUCUUCCCUGCUUUUCCGUCAUCUGCUUUAGAGAAGCCUGACACAGCUGCAUCUUGAAUUUAGACUGACUGAGCCAGUUUUUAAAUAACAGGGCAUUGUUUUAACUCCCAUAAAAAUUUUAACUGUUUAUUAUACUGUUGAAAACAUAUUGUUCAUACUUGCGCGAAAACAUGCUGUUGAUACAUGUGUGUGUGUAUGUGUGGGGGGUCAGGGUGUGUCUUAAUGUACCUUCAUUAAGUUCCCCAAGACUUUGUUUUAUCGGAGAGGAAAAGGUACCCCAUUUCAUUCAUUGGUGUAAGGAUGUUUUCCAAGGUUUUUUUUUGUUCAAAAUAUGUCAUCAAGAUGUACUUGUCUAUAUAACAUAAAUUGAACAAAGUCAAGUUUGACUAGUUUAAGUAAGCUAGCCUUUUCACACUUAUAUUGAUACGUUUCUUCUUGAAUUUGGAUUGUUGUGGUGUAUCUACAGUAUAGUAGUAUUCUGUGUCAUUAGUGACAUUUUUGUUUCUGUAAAAAGAAUACAUAUAUAUAUAUAUAUAUUUAUGCAUUAAGAAAAUGCAGUUUAUGGUGUAAAAUUGUACAUAUUCCUUAAAUCCCUAAUAAUCUGUACUAAAUAUAUGUACAAAGAACAAUACUGUCUUAUUUAUGUUUUGUUUACAUAAUGUAUAGUUUUUUAAGUAUUUUAGUAAUUUUGGACCAGUGAACUGUUAGCAACGAUGCAGAAGAAUCUGCAUAUAAUAAACUGAGUUGCUGUAUUUCUUUGUUUGAAUACCAUUUUUAAAAUGUGUUCUUGUCCAUUGAAAUAAUACAUGGUAUAAAUGAAAGUAGUCCUUUAAAACUUUGUAUUAGAAUUGGGAAACGUCCAGAAGAUUUCACUUGUGCAGGCUUCACUCUAGAUGGAGCUUCCUUCCCUGUGUAACCCUGGGAGUGAGUGGCUUGACAAGUCUUGGAUGGCUCAUGGGCAGUAGAGCCAGGACAUGAAUCUAAGGCUUCACAUUCUGUCUCCAUAGUUCUACUUUACUUCUAUUUUGAGGUCUCCAUUCAAAAUUUUAUGGUUUCAGACAUUUUUUAAAAAAUAGAAAAAAAAUCACCACCAAAUUCCAUAAUGACAAAAAGAAAUGGGUGUUGUUUUUUUUUUCAGAUAAGUAUAUUUGGUUUAUGUCUAUGCAUUCAAAACAUGUUUCUUAAAAUUUUUUAAAAGGUUUCUCUGUGCCCCGAGGCAGGCCUGGAACUUUCUAUGUAGCCCAGGCUGGCCCUGACUCAGCCUCCCUAGUGUGCCAGGGUUAUAGACAUGUCUGGCCAUGUCUGGCAAAACUUAGUUUUUAAUAAUCUGGGUUCAUAAAAGGUUACAAAAGUAAUGCAGAUUGGUGGCGUUACCCUUCCCCUUCCUUCUCCACGUACAUUUCUGUUUACAUUGAGGGCUUGGUUCAUUGUUACUGGUCUUCCAAAUUAUGUUUAAAAACAUGAAUUUCUUUGUCAUUUGAAAUUAAAAGCGAGAGAGAAUAGCAGUGCUCUUUGGUCAGUGCUCUUUAGUCAGAUUAGAGAGCAACUGCUUAAGUUCUAUUAUGAAGCAAAUUUGGUGGCUCAGUUUUGACUCAGGGCUUGACUUUGUAGUGCAUCAGAAUGUGUCUCAUUGUAAAUAAAAGGUAGCUUUGCAUUUGCUGCA